AUUUGUUACUAAGCAGACCAUCUAAAGGCUCUUUUCAGAGCCACCCACGUUUUCGCGAAGAGCAGCUGUACUUUUAGCUUUCCAGCUGAAGUCAGUUGACACAUACUACACUGGUGUGGACAGAUGGGUCAGAGAAACUCGCGCGUGAUGUGACGGGUGGUGAUGGAAUCGUGGUACCUGACGGGCUACAGGUAGCAGGACAGGCGAGGUCUAAGUUUCAACCAAGCCUCAUAAUUACUUGCUCGUUUGACUUGGUAUGGGUGCUAACCACAUUUGGAAAGUUCACAAAGAGAUCCACCGAAUCGUUUGUAAUGGGCUCGAGUCUUGGUCCGAAAUGUCAGCAAAAAUACGGAAAUUGACACUAAAAGUUGCUGUUUGGAUGAUAGUCGGGAUUUUACUCGAUAAUCAGUAGAACGAGAACCGAAUGUUGGGUAAAAAGCUAUCCCCAGGUACGUCGGGACUCAACAAGGCUUUGUGCUGAGUCACGAGAUACGUAAGGUCGCGAGGGCGGAGGCAAGAAUCUUAAAAUUAUAAAGCCUUUUGUUUGUUGGCUUGUGCUUAAGAAUGAUAGAGAUCUAGUUACAAGGGACGCAAACUAGAAUGGGAAUUUCAGGGAAAUACGUCGAGUACGUAGAGGUUUUUAUUUUCUUAAAAAUGAGCUAUUGCAAAAAGCAAAAGUUCCACCAAGUAUACAGGAAAACAAUUCGAAAGUAAAGUUAACUUGUCUUUAGUUAGCGCUUCAGAUCUUUUCCGUAUACAAGUCUAAAGUUGGAAGUGAAAAGCAACAGCAGAAAAGCACCCCCGAUUUAAAACUGAUUCACAAUAAUUUACUGUUUUGUGUGAAAUGGAACGUCUUGAUUGGCUAACAAGACCUCUGUUCUAAUACCCACUAAGGGAGCGAGGACAGAAUCUUUCUAACAUGGCUCCACCUCUAUGACGACAGUGUUGGAAGUUAACCAAUCAAAAUACUGUACUAUGAGAGUCUUCAUUUGCAUAAAGGCUCUAUAAGUAGCGCGGAACCAACUCGGUUGGCUGUAGUUGGUGUCGUUGUUGGUGUCAGGUGUUUCUGGUGUUUCUUCGUGGGACAAUGCCGGAUCCAGCGAAAUCUGCUCCUGCUCCUAAGAAGGGUUCCAAGAAAGCUGUUACGAAGGUACAGAAGAAGGAUGGGAAAAAGCGCAAACGUAGCCGGAAGGAGAGUUACUCGGUGUAUGUGUACAAGGUGCUGAAGCAGGUUCAUCCGGACACCGGCAUCUCGUCCAAGGCCAUGGGCAUCAUGAAUUCCUUCGUCAACGAUAUCUUUGAACGUAUCGCUGGUGAGGCGUCCCGCCUGGCGCAUUACAACAAGCGCUCGACCAUCACAUCCCGGGAGAUCCAAACGGCCGUGCGCCUGCUUCUGCCCGGCGAGCUGGCCAAGCACGCCGUGUCGGAGGGCACCAAGGCGGUUACUAAGUACACCAGCUCCAAGUAAGCUUCAGGAACGCAACAGAACAGCUGUUCUUACCCCAAAGGCUCUUUUCAGAGCCACUUAAGUUAUUGAAGAAAGUGCUUGUAAACACUUGGAGGUUGGUAAGCUUUUUCCCAGAGAGGAUAGGUAGGAUAGGUGUGGAAUCACGGAUGUAUUGGAGGUUAGGUUAAGAUUGAUUACGAUAUUCCUGGCUGUGGGAACUCGGUAGCCUACUAUAUAUAUAGCUCAAGAUACUAAGGGGAUGAAUGAAUGACUGGUAAAGAGUCUAUAGGGGUCCCUAGUUAGAGGAGUUACUUACAGUUUAGGUAUGCGUAAGGGAGAGUUUGGUUUGACACCGUUUUGUAACGACUGGAGGAAGUGGGCUGUUCGACCUUUCUUACCUCUAGGUGUCUACCGAAGUCAUUCUUAAAAUUCAGUUGGGGUAUGUUUCUCCUAGGGUACGGAUUGAAAGGGCUGUUUCCCAGUCUACGCUAUGAAUUUUUCGCCUAGCUUAAACGUAAUUAUACCACAAACUAAAACCCACGUUGUUCAUAGUUUGACCUACCUUAAGUCCGGGCCCAGACAUUCUGCUAGUUUCUGCCCAGUAAACAACCAGAUGUUUUGUUCUCCAGUAUAGGACAUUUGGCAAUAUCCAGAUGCAUUCUUGUCAUCACUGGGGGGCGGGGUACUGGCAUCUAGUGGCUAGAGAAACCAGGGAUGCUGCUAAACAUCGUACAAUGCAUAGACAGCCGCAGUAACCAAGAGUCAUUUGGUCCAUAGCGUUGCCCCUUGUGCGGAGGGUGAGUCAGGGCCCAAAGACUUGCAGGAUUUAAUUUUCAAUUCUGUUAAAUCUCAGCCCUACAAGCCAAUGUUACUGCUCUUGGUGAAUGCUGAGCACAAGAAAAUGGUCUUCGAUAAAUUAAAAAAAAAAAAAAAAAAGGAAACAUCUCCAAGGCUAGGGACCUUGGUUUUGCAACAAGCUUUCCUGGUUAUAAAAACUACUUUAUUGCUUGUGAAACGUUUCCAGGUGUGUCUCCUGAAGUUUCCUUGAGGUGGAGACUGAGGAGGUGGUUUUUAGUGUUUACAGGUGUUUUGUUUUUGACAGGUUUUUGGAGCAUGUUGUACAAAAGGCCACAGUUAACAUGUGGGCUGAAUUUGUAAGGGCCUCUCUCUUCAAACCUUGCAUAAUUCAAGACUAAUCCUUACAGAGGCUGGUGAAUGUUUUACCAAAUAAAAUAUAUCCUUGAGGCAAAAGGAAAAUCUUAGUUUCCAACUCACUUGACAAGUCAAGCUUUGAAAUUAAGUGAUUCUUGAUAAUUUGGGGGGAAUGUACAUGACAACUUUGGGCUUAAAAUGAAUUUUUUAAAAUAACGGAGUUCAAAUUUACAUCCAGUUUAAAGUUGCAUAAAAUGAGAUGUAAUAUUUCUUUCACUGGGAAAUUAGGAUUCUCAGUGAGCCACCUUCCCCUGGCAACUACCAGACAAGAGGCCAGGGCAAGAUGACUCAACUGAGAAUCCAAAAUUUCCAGUGAAAGAAAUCAUACAGCACAUUUUAUGGUAGGAAAAAUUGCUCAAUACGUGAGAAGACCACAGUGGGCUGUCUUCUACCCAGUCAAGCCAUCAAAGAAUAUGUCUGGCCUCCUUGCCCACAAUCCUGAGGUCCAGGGGCUCCUUUUCUCUCUGAAGACUAGGGACCAUGUUUCUCAUGGUCUUUUGAAGUCGUUGCAGCAUUGUCAAUUGGCUCACCUAAUCAAAUGCUAUCAUUAAUUAUCCAUUAGGAUUAAACCCCAACUCCUCCUAAAACCAAAGGCCUUCCACCAUCUGGCCAAAAUUUACCUUCUUCAAUUACUCAUUUUCCCUAGUCCUCCAGUUUAGCUAAAAUGUUCUAUUUAUUGCCCUAUAAUGCAUCUUAAAUUUCUUUUCCUUUGUGCUUUUGUUAUAUCAUUCUUCUAAGUAGUCGUAGUACUCAGUAGUUCUCUAAACUAGUCACACUACCAACCUGUCAGUUCUUCAAACUCUUGUUCAAAGCUCAUUCUGUAAGCAUUUCCAUCCCAUUCGACUUCACAGGGAAGUCUUUCCCCUUUUAAUUCUUAAGGCCUUGUUCCUUGUACAAUGAAUUCACAAUUAACUGUAACUUUGUGAACUGUGUAGCUUUGUUCUUUAUUUUUCAUUGUUUUUACAUUUUGUGUUUGUCUUCUACUAUACGAAAAGCACCCCCCCCCUUUUUUUUUUACUUCUUUGGAUCUACCUCAAAGGCUAUCCCAGUGCCUAUUGUAAAACAGCUUCUCAGUGAAAGUUUGUUGACUGAUCGCCCAGACCACAGAACACUGACAAAUUGAUCUAAGGACAAUACGUUUAAGUAUGCCAAUUAGCUUUUUAAUCCGUUUUCCUAAUUUCUUCUUGCUCCUUAAACCUGGAAUGCUCUUUUAACUGCCCUUAAUAACUAUUGACCCAGAAAAAAUUCCUGUUAGAGAUUCAAAAAUCCUGAGAGUGGCAGAUAAAAUACUUCCCUUCAGCCCAAGUAUCUUUGUGGACAAAAUGAUGAGAUUAGAGUGGAGCUUUUUCAGCCUCAUUUAAGGUCCUGCUUUUCCAGUGCUGUAGAUACAGAUGAGGAGGGAGGUGCAUUCCAGCAGAAGAAAAAAAGAGUGUGGUAUUAAGAUAAGGAGCUUUUCAAUAUCAGAUCCAGAAAGCAAGUGUUGCACAUAUAGAAAUGGGCUUGGCCGAUGUCAUGUUAGAUUGGUUAAUUCAUCUUUUUGAGGAUUGGUGACUGGAUUGUGAUGGAAUACAAAGAUGAUAAUUUAAUCUUCUGUGAUGGCUUUUAGACAAAUAUUUCAUUUUAAAUUGGGCGAAUUCCUAAAAAUGAUCUAAAAGUUAAGCAAUCUCGUGAGACAGAUUACCUGGUUCGUAGCCUAGCCCUGCUCUUUAUCAAUAGUGUGACUAAGGAAAGUUUUUGAACCUUCUUGUGUUUUCAGUUUCCUCAUCUUUAAAUUAAGGAUAAUAGUAAUGCUUACUUCAAAAUGUUUUUGUGAAAGGUAAAUGAAUAAAUACAUAUCAAAAUGCUUAGACUCAUGGUUGAUACUUAAUAAACAUUUCAAAUGUUAAUUGAUGUUGACAGUAGGGAAGUCCUAUUGAAUGUUUUGCAAGUUUUUCAUCUCUAACAUACCAGAGACAGUAUCUACUAAUUCAAGAUAGCAUACUAAAUACAUGUUGUAUUCUUCCCAUCUUCCACCCCAAAUUCCUACAAAUGAUAGAAAAUUGACCAAAAAACGAUGGUAGAUGGGAUAAAAGUGAAUUGUGCAAGAAACAUUAACUAGAGAUCUUAGAAAUUUAAAAUUUGGUUGUUGACACAAAAAUGCAGCAGUAGGACUGAAUCCAGAAUAGAAUAGGUAUAGCAGGGAGAAAGAUGGCCGCCAGAAAUCGUCCCCACAAUGACAUAUAAAAGGAUACAAAGACAGAAAAUAAGAAAAAAAGUUAAGUGACAUAGAUGAUAGACUCAGCUGUUCCAAAAUUCAUCCAAUAAGAGUUUGAGAAGGAAAGAAUAGAAAUAAUGUAAAGAAAUAAAAUACUGGACUACCAAAUAAGGUUUGCUGAUUAUGCAGUGCACAACUUCAGGAGCACCAUUUAAGUUAUAAUCUUUGCGAAUGAUGUUCCUUGCAGUUGUGCAGUGCACAACCUAAGUGGCUAUACAUGGAAGUCCUGAGGAAAUUUUUUAAAAAGACUAUUCCACAGAAUGUACAUACAUAGAUACAUAUUUACAUAAAUCCUCAGACUGCAAGUUCCCAUUAAAUGCUAAGCAUAUAAGGAUGAACUAAAAGAACCUUCACCUAGAGACAUGGUGGUAAAUUUCAGAACACAAAAGUUACGGAGAAAAUUCUAGAAACACCCAGAGAAAAUUCUUACAAAAGAAAUAGGAAUCAAAUUUAUAUCAGACUUCUCAUUUGAGCAGUACUGGAUAUAAGAGGAUACUGAAGCAGUAUUUUUUUAAAUCUAGGGAAAAUACUUUUGAAACUAAAUUUCUAUAUCCAAUCAAACUUGUGGGCAACUGCCCUUCCUGAAAGAAUUUCUGGAGUUAUAUUCCAGCAAGAUAAAAGAUUCUAAGAGGAAGAUAUGGGAUACCAGAAGCAAAGGUGCCCAGUAAAAUAUAUUACUAACUAUAAUUAAGUUUAGAUUCUAAAAAAACUUUAAGUCUUAGAAUACUUGGUCUUUAUUCAUCCAGCUAAUUUUAUAAUGGAAUAACUUUAUUGAGAAAUUAGAAAUCAAGUGGUAGGAGAGGGAUGAAAUAAGUGAAUUAGAAAAGGUUCAACUAACAAAGUAAUAUAAACUUAAAAAGAAAUUGGUAUAAACUGUAGCGCAUGAGGUUACAGACACAGUUGACAUUGUUUAUGAUAUCCUGGGCCGUACAAGUAGCAUUAGUUUAUUGUAUUCAUCAUGUUUGUAUUGAAAUCUCCCCUCUGUUUUGAUUAGUGAUUCAAGUUUGGAUUUUAAGAUUUUGUUUAGGUAACUCUGUGAUUACAGACAUUUUUUACAUUUAUGGUCUCUGCUUCACAUUUUGUCUAUUGUUUGGAAAAAACGAGCUCAAAACUAUUAGAGGAACUUCAAAUGCAGACAUCUUUUGGUGUAGAUUCCCCAAAAAAAUUUUUUUUAAAACCUGCAGUUCAAAUCCAGAUGAUAUUAACAUGGGACAAGAGUGAAGACAAAUAAAACAAGCUAAGAUUUAUGUUGUAUUCAGGAGGAGAAUUACUCUAGAAGUUGUUACAAAAGUAUAGGUUUAAAUAGAUAUAAAAAUACAUACGUAUAUAUGUAAAAGCUGAGUAUAAUACACUAGAAGAGGGAUAUUGCACAUUCACAAAAGCAGCAGUCCAUUAAGGAGAGAUCAUGAGUGGUUCACACUUAACUCAGGUUUGCACUUAAUUCACGUAUAUACUUACACGAAUGUGCACACAAAGAUUUUGAAUAAAGCAACCAUAUUGGUGAUUAAGUUAACAUAGAUACACCUUUCUCAGGAACUGAUAGAUCAAGUCAACUAAAACUUGUUGAGGGUAUAGAGGAUUUGAAGAACAUAGUUAACAAGAUUAAUCAUAACUACACUUGUACCUAUUUCAUCUUGUAUCCAAAAUAGAAAAAGUAUAUUAUUUUGAAAUUCACAUGGAAUACUGGUAGAAACUGACCAUGUGUGAGAUGACAAAUGAAAGCUCAAUAAGUUUUGAAAAAGCUGACAGCAUACAAGACAUAUUCACUAAUCAUAAUGCAAUGAACUAAAAAUACUCUCUUUGAUUUAUACUGUAAGGAAAAGCACAUGGAUUAAAGAGGGUAUCAAAAUAAAAUUAUAUAGUCUUUAGAAAUAAAAAGAGCACUACAUAUUAAAACCUAUAUGAAGAGGUCAGAGGAAAAUUUGUAGCCUUAAAAUGCAUUUAUGAGAAAAUGAGAACUAUUAAAAAUAAUGAAUUAAGCUUUUAACUUGAAAGCUAAUAAAGAGGCAACAAAACCUGAGGAACUUAGAAGAAAUUAGGACAGAAGCAGAAAUCAACAGAAUAGAUACUUUCCCACUCCCCCAAAAUAGAAUUAAGCAAUAAAACCAAAACCUGGUUCUUUGAAAGAAAAUUAAAGGGUUAAUCCUUUGGUAAAGAAAAAAACGUACACAGAUAUCAGCAACAUUAGAUGUAGAAGACAUUAAAAUCAAUAUGUAUAUUUUGAUAGCUGUAUUUGCAAAUGUAGAUAAAAUAUUUAAUUUUCAAUACAAAUGAUCAAAGUUGCCUAAGAAAAGUAGGCUAUCUUAAUAAAAUGUAGCUAUAGGAGAAACUGGAAAGAUCGGCAAAGAUCUUCCCUUAGAAGCAGCACCAGGCCCAGAUAGUUUUACCAGACUUUGAGGGGAGAGAAAAUAUUUAUAUAAAUUGAUCAAGAUAAUGGGAAAGGAUGAAAAGCCACCUACUAAUAUUAUGAUGCAAUGACAGCAAGAUAUUAGAAGUGAAUAACCCCUGCAAGCAAAUAAGUGGUAUGUAAAAAUAAUCCAUAAAAAUGAGAUAUUAGGGGCCACAAUAUAGAUUUCAAAGUGGAAUGAGAGAUAAUUGGGAUAAGAAACUACAAUUUAAGGAGUAUUAUGUGUAGGGUUAAGAUUUGGAUUCUAGUUUAUUGUGCCCAAAGCCCGUGGCAUUUUAAGAUAUGAUUGAAUUAAAGUUACAAAAUGAUUAUUUUCUAAAAUAAAUAUGGCACUUACAAACCUGUUGUAAAUGCCUAUUCUCUUUGAGGCUUUUUUCUGCCCUUCCAGAAGAAGUGGGCCUCAAAGUCCCAGCCAGAUUCCAAAUGAUUGCAGUUUCACUGGGGAUCAUGUUAAUGAUUUUUCAAAAUUAAAUUACCUUUCAGAGAGCACAUUUGGGGAAUUUAGUUUUCCAGAAUGUGUCAACCGAUUAUUUCUAGUGUUUCUUAACAGAUUUCCUGCCUCCAUGAAUUCACAUAACAUGUUUAGGAAUCUCUCCCUUUAUUUAACAUAUACUCCAUCUCAAAAAAAAAAUUUUUUUUUCUAUCCUAAGUCUAAAGGUUAAGGAGUAAUAUGUGCUUAGUGUGAUAUGGAGGUGAAAGGGGAAGGCAGGAAGAUGAACUUCUUACACUUUAGGGGUUUCAACCCCAUCUUUGGAAACAAAACCAAGAAAUGAGGAAUAAAGGAAGGACAGCAAACAA